AUGAUUGAUGAUCCAGGCUUGUCUUUGAAGGACAAGCCUCGUCAAGGUUCCAUCUUCUCUGCCCAGCCACCAAUUUUUAUUCUGCCAACACAUCUAUCCCUUGAAUCCUUAGACGAAGCAGAAGCCCGGCUCCUUGAGAAUGGAGGGAAUUUGACUUACGACAUCGCCGAAGCCGGAUUGAUCAUAGGAAAGAUUAAUCGUCCAAAACGUGCUGCGUUGGAGCUGCGCUCACGCGGUAUAUGGACAGAAGAAAGUACCUCAGUCUCGGCCUCGGUGUCAUCCGCUGGCAGUGCGCAGCCUCCCGCUAAGCGCAGACGAACUGAGCUUCGUACUGGAACCAGGGACGUUCCGGUGGAGGUCGUCGAUCUCAGUACUGAGUCUGAAAGCGAGGAGGAUGGAAUCAGAACUCAACAUGACCCCACAAAACACCUUGUAACAAAAGCGCCUCCAUCCGAUAACUCAAUCACUGUCCUGAAGCUCGAGUGGCUAGAGGCUUCCAUAGCGGCAGGGCAAUGUCUACCCCAAAAGCCGUACAUGGUAUAUUAUGGACGCAAGAUCCCCUCUCCCACCACAACAGCUGCCGAGAAAAAGCAAUUUGACCAAAUGUCGAGCCAAAUAAUUCAGCGCGCAAAACAAGACGCCAGCCAUCCACCACCAUUAACCCAAUCAGAACACAUCAACACCCGACGCUCCAAAGAGCCCCCAGACACCAGUCCGCGCCGCCCGAAACUCCACCGCCAAACAACAUCCGAGCAAGAAGAAAAAGACCCCCCGCCCCAACCAGACUGGGUCCGUAACCAUGUCUUAUUAGCAUGCAUGCGCUCCGCCCCACUCCACCCCCCAAACGAAGACUUCAUCUCCCAACUUGUCAAAAUCCGACGCAUCCGCGAGCUCACACUCGACGAGAUCGGCGUCCGCGCAUACAGCACUUCAAUCGCCUCUCUGGUGUCGUAUCCGCACGCACUCCGGCGCCCGAGCGAAGUCCUCGCAUUGCCAGGGUGCGAGGCCAAAAUCGCAGACCUAUUCGCGCAGUACCAGGAACACGGCGGCUGCGCACAUACCGACGACGAUGGUGCCAUUGCUGCUGCUGACGCGCUGGACUCGGAUCCUGUACUGCGGGUGUUGAAUUCGUUCUAUCAGAUUUGGGGCGUGGGCGCGAAGACGGCAAGGGAGUUUUAUUAUGCUCGUGGGUGGCGCGAUCUAGAUGAUAUUGUUGAGCAUGGGUGGAAUAGCCUAUCGCGGGUGCAGCAGAUCGGGUUGAAAUUCUACGAUGAGUUCCAAGAAGGUAUUCCUCGGUGCGAAUCGGAGUCGAUUGCGAAUGUCAUUCGGGAUCAUGCGAGUCGGGUAAGGCCUGCUGCGGGCUUGGUCGAGUGUGUUAUUGUUGGCGGGUAUCGUCGGGGGAAGGAGUCUUCUGGUGAUGUUGAUGUUAUCUUGACUCAUCGUGAUGAUUCGGUUACUCACAAUCUUAUUGUUGAUCUUGUUAGUAGUUUGGAGAAAGCGCAUUAUAUCACUCAUACGCUGUCAUUGCAUUUGACUUCUUCAAUGCGGGAGCAGCAGACUUUACCUUUUCGUGGUGAUGAUUCGAGGAGGGGGUUCGAUACGCUUGACAAGGCGCUUGUUGUUUGGCAAGAUCCGCGUUUUGAUCAUGGGUCUAGCCAUUCCGAGGACGGAAAGAAAAAUACCAAUAUUCAUCGUCGGGUCGAUAUCAUUAUCUCCCCGUGGCGCACUAUCGGCUGUGCGGUUCUCGGCUGGUCUGGCGAUACAACAUUUCAACGGGACUUGAGACGACACGCGAAGAAAACUCGCUCGUGGAAGUUUGAUUCGAGCGGUGUGCGUGCUCGAGGUCCUGGUGGCCACGUUCUUGAUUUGGAGUCUGGUGGGGAGACAUGGCAGGAAAGAGAGAGGCUUGUUAUGGAGGGAUUGGGGAUUGGUUGGAGGCCUCCUGAAGAACGUUGUACGAGAUGA